CACCACGCUCUUUGUAAACACGCGUCCUUCUCUGUCGACGGCUCGAGUGUGUCUUUAUACUAUUUUUGAUCGCUUACUUUACGAUACGCCACUUAUUUCGUUUAUUCUCAAGUUGAUUACCAUCUUUAAGAAAACAAAUUAUUCUUGUACAGUAUCUUACGGACCUAGUAUUUCAUUUAAAGGAAAUGAAGCGUUAAGUUAACAGUAGACUGGUAAUGAGCUUUGUGUUGAGCUCGGCGCGUGCAUCAACCGAUGCAUAAUUGUGUUAAAUACUUCUGUGACAACAGUAACCAGUUCGUACGCAAUGCGAUAAAACUGUGGUUGUGUGCGCUGUUCGCGUAACCAUAAUCGUAUUCGUACAAAAAUGCAAUCACCUUUCUGUGCGGUACUUAAAUGCCUUGAAAUACAUGCUUUCUAAAAUUUACUUGUUGGGCAUGAAUGGACAGGUGCAAUCCUCCAGGGAAAGGUUAGGAGGUUUUACUAACAGUACAAUAGGGCUGUUCUCUGGGAUUAUUGCCACUGACCGUGUUCCAAACAUACAACUAGCUACUACAAACAAUGAAUUACCUAUGGAUGAUUCCAAUGUUAGUACAGAAGUUGAUAGCAAAGUUAAAACAAAAUUAUUAUCCAUGUGGAAUAAUGUUAAAUAUGGCUGGACCAUCAAAGUAGUUAAACCAAAUUUCUCAAAAGAAUCUCCAGUAUGCUUACUUGGAAAAAUUUAUCGCAAAAAGCCAGAAGAAUUUUUGGAAAAGGCUUCCGAAGCUGAAAAAACUUUAGACACUGGAAGUGAAAUAUCUUUAGCUAUGGAUGCUAUUAGCUUUGAAGAUGGCAUAGAGGAAUUUAAGAAGGAUUUUACCUCGCGUCUUUGGUUAACAUACAGAAGGGAAUUUCCUAUAUUGAAUGGUUCUACAUUUACCACUGACUGUGGUUGGGGAUGUAUGUUACGUAGUGGACAAAUGAUGUUGGCACAGGCAUUGGUCUGCCAUUUUCUUGGAAGAGAAUGGCGAUGGCAGGUAGAUCAACCACUGAAAACAGAACAACAGAAAUUGGAUGAAUAUAAUCACAGGUUAAUAAUUAAAUCGUUUGGAGAUCUACCAGACAGUACAUCUCCAUUUUCCAUACAUACACUUGUUUCUUUGGGUGCCCUGUGGGGAAAACGUGCAGGUGAUUGGUAUGGACCUUCGUCCGUAGCUCAUCUUUUAAGCCAAGCAGUAGAACAAGCAGCAGAACGACAUCCAGUAUUUAGUAACUUGGCUGUUUAUGUUGCUCAAGAUUGUGCAGUUUAUCUGCAAGAUGUAGAAAAUGUAUGCCAAAUGCCGGAUGGCAAGUGGAAAUCUCUUAUACUUUUUGUACCUUUAAGGCUUGGUGCUGAUAAAUUGAAUCCUGUUUAUGCAUCUUGCCUAACACAUUUACUUACGCUAAAUACCUGUAUUGGAGUUAUCGGUGGCCGACCUCGCCAUUCGCUUUAUUUUAUUGGUUUCCAGGAAGAUAAAUUAAUUAAUCUAGACCCACAUUAUUGUCAAGAAACUGUUGAUGUAUUAAAAGAUAAUUUUCCUUUGACGAGUUUUCAUUGUACUUCACCAAGAAAAAUGUUAAUAUCAAAAAUGGAUCCUAGUUGUUGUGUUGGAUUUUAUUUUCAUAAUAAAAUCCAAUUUACAAACUUUAUGGAGAUUGCUCCCUCUUACUUGGUGCCCGAAGAUGAGAAAGUCGACUAUCCGAUGUUUUUAUUUUGCGAAGGGAGCGGGAAAGAUCUCCAACAAAAAAUUGAAAUUGCAGAAAACAUAAUUCCCACUACUACCUCAUUUACAGGUAAUGGGACGUAUGAUGAUGAUCUUGACGAGUGCGAAGAAUUUGAACUAGUACAGUGAGAUAUUUAUCACAGACAAAAGAAGAAAUAUCAUGUACUUAAAAAACAUUCAUGGAUAGUUUUUUGGAGAAAAAUGAUAAUGUUUGUCAUUAAUCAUAAUUCUCUCUACAUUCGUCCAUAUAUGUACAAGGAAGAAAUCAAUUGACGACUUUAGCAGAUGACAACGUUGCAUAUUAGAGUUGAGUAUUAAUUUCUAAAAUGAAUUUAUGCCGCAAAAUGAUCUUUAGAUCUCAACGUGCUCGUUAAAUGACUGACGUGAAUUAGUAUAUCAAUAUUUUCCAUUCGCGAUAAUGCAUUUAUAGAUUCAAAUUAGCGUUAUCGUUGAUACUUUAUUUCUGUAAUCAUAAUUUAAUGCGGCUUUUUGUAUAUCGGUUUAUUGUUGCACAAUUUUUUUUUGUCUUGUGUAUUGAUCUCAAAAGUUGCUUUUAAAUAAUUAUUAGGAUAUUGAUUUACUAUAUGACUUAGAAUUGUCAUAACCAAGAAGAUAUUUAUUCUUUUUCACGCAAUUAUCACGUCAAGAACUUGCGUAGAUCGUAAGUUGGCGAUUUUGUUAUGAAGAAUA